AGAAAUUUGCGUAAACAACAUGGCGGACAAAACGUAAAUUUCGCAGGUUGUUUGCCAUUUAUCUUACAAGAAUAAUAAAUACUGUUGACCCAACCUCUGCAGAAAGAAUGGUGAAGGUAGAGGGAGAGGUGUACCCACUUCUCACGACUGACUGGCUUGGUACACCCACAUACAGGCAGAAACCUGUAGCCAGGUAUGUUCGCCAGGAUGAUGAUGAUGAGGAGAUCCAGGUGUACGAAGAUGAUGAAGAAGUUUUUGAUAUCAUAGAUCAGAAGAAGAAGAGGAGUGUCAACCUGGUGUGGAUGGAUGUAGCUCUUCUUGUUCUGGAUUUUCUGCAGAUCUUUGCCCUCAUACAGUCAAUGGCAACACGAUGGGUGUACCCAGAGACAUGGCUACGCAAGAUGUACUGGGUGUUUGGCUUGAAUUUGGAUGUCUGGGAGAUUUACAAGUUCCAGAAUGAAUCUACCUAUGCAAGUGUUCAAGGAGCAUAUCUGGCAAGCACUAAUGUACCAGUAUCUUAUGAAAACAUUAUGCUUGCCUGGUUUGGAGUGUUUGGGGGAAUUGCUAUCUUUUAUGCAGCUCUCCACUUCAGCUUUCGGUACUUCUGGUAUCCCCAGUCCUGGGCGAGAAGAGUGAUGUCAUGGAUACAGUUUGUCUUUAUGAUCAUCAUCCAUGUCCUUAGCUUGCCUAUUGGUACGGUAAUGUUCAGAAUUUUCCAGUGUGAGGCUGACUACAGUAAGGUCUACACGAUAAACGACUACACUUGUUUUAGUGUUGAUCACUGGAAGCUUGCAGCUCCAGCAGUCAUCAUUUUGACCUUGGUUUUUAUCAUCUAUCCAGCAUUCCUGGUCUGGAAGAUAAGGCAAGAAGGUAUGACAGGAACAUCACAUGGAUAUCUGGCAUUUAUACUGAUGAAGGAGACUGAAUACAAAAUCCACCUAAACCGCUCUUGGCUCAACGAUGCCAUGUGGAUCUUCUCCUCUUACAAACACCGAGGACGAUAUUACAGAACAACGCUACAGAUUGUGAAGCUUAUUCUCCUGAUAAUAUUUGCUUCUGCAUUUCAACAUAUUAAUAUCCAAGCCAUGGUCACAACAAUCUGGCUUCUUCUUGUAUUUAUCAUUGCGAUUCUGAUCAGACCAUUUCGCCUUACAAGCUGUAAUGCAUUCCUUGCAUUCAGUAUCCUAUGCAAUAUGGGAAACUCUUUUAUCGGCUCACUGAUUUCGGCCUACACCUCUUACACAAUACCUUCAGCCUGGCUCACAGCAGAGUAUUUAGUCUGGUUUAUCGCCUUCAUCCAGGCGAGUUGGACAGUCUCCUUGGUCGCUCUCCUCGUGUACCUUGUGUCGCGUACGUGCUGCCAUUCCACUAAGUCCUGCUACAAGAGACCUGUGUGGCCCAACAUUGCCACUUCUGGGUCUGGUAACCUUACAUCAGAGACCAAGAAGUUCAUGACGGCCAUCAUCAAGGCCAAGAUUGCUCAUGAGAAGAUCCAGCGUGUGUCUGCAGUUUUUGCUCCAGUGCAUGUGCUAGCCCGCCACAUCCACGUGAUCAACACAUACUGUCGGGAGGCUGAGUACACGCAUGAUGCUCUUCACAUGGUCCUCUGGGAGGUGCUGGAUGACCUGGUCGAGUCUCAUGCUAACAUUGCACCAAGGUCGCUGUUUGCUGAAAGUGUGAAGAAAUCAAUUCGACGCACGGCUGCCGAGUUUAUGAAGUUGGUGCCGAUGUUCAGUCAGCGACUUGCCCAGCGCGACUACGACAUGAUCCUCGUACCUCCACACAAGAAACGCAUGCUCCUCAAGAUGUACAUAAUGGGCCUGUUCUUGAAUGGUCGGUCAGAGAAGUUGGCCAAGAGGAAUCUACUGCAGCCGGCCUUGGAGAAAGUCUGGCCCACACUUCCCUCAGACAGGCAGUUUGAAGAAGAGGAUGGUUACUAUGAGGACCUGUACCCGGAGCCAAUUGGAGGCAAUUACUCGGACGACCUUCUCAAUGUCAUAGUGGACCGGUCCACAGAUGAGGAAUCCACUGAGGAGGAGGACAAUGUACAGGGGAUGUUGAGGCGACUUCCUGACGUGGGACUCAUUGACCUGGAAACCCCAAUGAUAGAAGACCCGAUGGGUGGUUUGGACUCAGAUGAAGAUAACAUGGUGAAGGUGCCUGCGGGAAAACAUGGUGUGCCGUUUAACCGUCCCAUGUCUGGACACCGACCGCCAGCAAGGCCAAGGUCUCGGUCAUCAUCUUCCUCAUCAUCGAGCAGUUCAUCAGACUCUGAUGCCGGCCCUGCCUAUCCCCGCUCUACCUCCCCUAGCUUGUUUGGCUCAAAGGCCUCCCUGCGCCGCGAUGUUGGGUCCCCAGGAGGUAGCAGCCACCAUCUGUCUCCAAGACCUCCAUCGGCUGGGUCAGCACACAGUAGCAGGGCUAUGUCUCCUGCUGGCCAGAAGUCUGGUAGCUCUGUAGUGAGCAGCCAGCCAAGCCUGCAGGGGUCAGCAGUGAGCCUGAGCGAGCGUGAGAUGGCCGAGAUAAAUCCAGGGUACGUCCCUGACCCUGAGGAGGAGGGGGAACAACCACUACCUCCAGCAGGAAGAAAUCCAGGGGAAGAUAAUCCAGCAUUUGAGGGCGAAGGGCAGGAGAGUGAUGAUGAUGAGCCUAUCGAGAUAACUACAGCAACUGAAGAUGACUCAAAGGAGAAGAAGAAGAAAAAGAGGAAAACCAAGAAGGCGAAGAAGGAGUAAAUUCUGUUUCAAAUCUCAAAUAGAAGCAUUGAUAUUUUAUAUCUAGCUGGCAGCAAGAUGAUAAUAAAUGGAGAACUUGGUAGUUGACAUUGAAAAAAAACUUUGAAAGACAUUGUCAGACAUUUUUUUAAAAAGGGGUUCUUAUUACCAAUAUCAGAUUGAUGAAAAUAAAACAGAAUCAAAAUUUAUUAUAUUAUUUCAGUAUUCUUAUUUGUUCUCUACUCACUUAGAAUCAUCUUAAUAAAAUAGAAUAAUAAUACGCACCACUAGAAAUAGUUAUUAUGAUAUUUUCCUACAACAUUUUAGGGUUAUUAUAGUUUUUGUUUUAUAUGAGUGUUUAAAUGCUUUGAAAUGAUUCUUCAAAAAUGAUCAUAACAUAAUUAAAAGAUUUUAAUUGAAAAACAAUGCACCCUGAAUGGUUUGCAGUUAAUUAUUUGUUAAAUAUCAUUAAAUCAAAGUGAUUGUUGUGUGAAGUUGAUUUUUUAUACAAUUACUAAUAUUAUUUUAUGAUACGUUUUUUUGUAUUAAUUGACUAAAAUUUAAAUCAUUGAACAAGAGCAUAAAUAAGAAUUUAAAUGUUCAUGUCAUGCGGCACAGUUUAAUGAUUAUCAGAACUGAGGUUAUCAAAUGGGACAAUUUUAUUUAUUAAUUAAGCAAAUUCUGUCAAAAUCUGUGUCUGUCAUGUCAUAGAGAUAUCUCAGAUAGCCAGCAACACAGUAAAAGUCAAGUCUCUGAAUUCAAAUAAAAAACAAAUAAGUUAAAUAUAAGGUCUUAAGUUGUCUGUGACAAAUCACAUGAGAUUAUGAUUACAGUGAGCAUUUUUUUAAUAUUACCAGAUGUAGAUGUCUUUAUAUUUCAUGUUUUGCAAUGUUUCAUAACAACAUAUCGGUAUAUGUUUAGAUAGUUUUAUGCCUUCCAACUGUGAUAUGCAUUUUUUUCUUGCAUUUAUGCGCAUGCAUUUAUUGUAUUUUACAUUUUAAGUGUUUAAGUAACAUUCUGUCAGGUUGUUAAAUGGUGAAUUAAAACUAAAUUUCUUCUUUUAUUUUCGAAAACAUAUUUUUUUACAGUUACUCCAUUGAAUAACUUUUAAUAAUCAUGUCAUUGAAUAACUUUUAAUAAUCAUGUCAAUGCUAAAAACAAUCCAAUGAAAGAGAAUUUUUAACAAAUUAAUAUGUUUGUUUUUUUAAUGGCUUACGAUAGUUUUAUCAUACUGUACGUAAAAUACAAAUCACCUAUUAUGAGGAAAUAUCAGUGGUAAAAAUAAAUGUGAUAUAAUGGACCAUUAAUAGUAUGUGAAGAUGUUUCCAUGUGUCUUUUGAAAGUAAAAUGUUUGUUUUGGUUUUUAUUUUAUGUUUUUUCCCAUAAUUUGGUAUAAAAUUAGUAAGAUAUUUGAAACCAAUGCAACUCUCUAUAUAUAUAUAUAUAUAUAUAUAUAUAUAAGAUUAUGCAUUUAUUUAAACUUAAUCAAAUAUUAUCCAGAAUUUACAUAUGUAAUUUAAUGGUCACUUUGUUUAUUAUCUUACAGUAAUUUCAUUGUUAAAAGUACAUUUAAUUUACAUUGUUUAACCCGGAGUUGACAUUUAGAAAAUUUGAAUAUUUGUUCAUAUACAUGUUUUAGCUUUAUAUUAACCUUGCCAUUUUUAUAACAAUAUAUAUUGUUCUCGACAGUCAUGGCAGGACCAUGCAGGAAAGCGUUGCUGUGAAGUAUUUAUUCUAACAUUUUCUUUCUUUGUAGUAAUAAAAGUCUUAAAAGCUU